GCGCACAAGGCAGUCGGUGAUCUGUGAACACACAUGGAACAUUUCAGCGCAGUCAGUCCCAACGAUGGUCAAAGUUGGGUAAAUGUCUGAGAGCUGAUGCAAGGACUUCAAAAUGAAUCAGAUGGAGUUGCUGUAUCAAAUAAUCAUAUUCGGUAUGGCGGUAUAAGGAAUAAAAGAAAAAAGAAAAGCACAUCGAAACUUGGCUGAUCGCUAUCUGAUUAACGGGACGGGACGUCUCCAAGUUCGUUAAGCAAAACCUUUCCACCAUCGAGACAGUUUAUGAUAGCUCAAUGUAUAGUUUAUGUGACGCACGGAGUGCACAAGACAAGGCUGUAUUCGUACAGGUGCGAUUUUGUAGCCUACACUAGUCAAGCUACUCUUCUUGGGUUGUUGAAACUCACGAAACUCCGAGACUGGAAGUUACAUGGAAUAAAGUGACAGCCAAAAUGAGCAUUUACUCUCAUAUCUGGAGGUUUUUACAGAUAUUCCUAGCGACGAUUGUCACAGUUGUCACCCAAGAGUUGGACAGUCAGGAGAUGUCAGACAACACCAAGAGCUCUCUGCCAUUCCCUGUGUUCCUUCCAGUCAACUACCAGGUGCGAGAUGCAGACUGCUUCUUCCUGAAGGAGACCGGUCAGGACAUCAUGAGAAACUCCAGCCUGCAGACACAGACACAGCCAUUUGUCAUCUUGAGAGCCAGCCGGCCGCCUAUUGUCAACGCCAGCUAUGGGCCCCUGUCCAAAGAGCAGCCUGUCCCUCUAGACCUGAUCCAGUCUGUGCAGCUGUUCCGGGCCCCGGGGGUAUUCACCUAUAACUGGAAGGUCCAGUUCUUUGUGCUGACCCCCCGGGUCUACUCCUCCAUGCCCAAGGUGCAGGUGUUGUUCUAUGUGGCUGGGAGGGACUGGGACAGGGGAGCAGAGGGGUUAAAUGAUGAGUUGCCCUGUGUGAUGUUGUUUGCCUUCUGGCAGACCCAGGAGGUAAGGGGCUCCUGUGCCCUUGGAGGUCAGAGGGGCACCUGCAUGGCUGAGCUGGAGCCUGUAGCCAGCUGGUUUAGUCCCGCAGCAGAGAGCUCUAGCCGGGAGAGGCUGUACCUAACAGAGGGCAACACAGUAGAGCUGUACUACCAGGCCCGGCCCAGUGCCUAUGGGAAGUGCAGGGAGUGGGAUGGGGGCCGCUGGGGUAGCCCAGAGCAGCAGCAGCAGGCUGAGUACGUCCCUGUUACUCCAAUGCAGAGAAUCGGCAGUGUACGCCUCCUUCAGGUGCCCAAGGGAGCUGCAUCUGUGUCUCAACUCAAGCUGGGAAAGGCCGUUGUCAUUCAGACCUCCUCCAAACCCCUGAAGAAAGAUAUCGCCACUUUCAACAUCCUCACGGCCAGCUCCUCCUCCCUGGAGAACUUCACUCUGCGAGCGAUUGUAAAGAAGGGAGUGUCGUUUCGCACAGCAACACCUAGUAACUCGUUGCUGUGGGAUAUCACUCUGGACGCUGGAGCAGAUGGCACCAUCGCUGUUGUUUGUCAGAGGAAAUCUGCCAUACCGGGAAAAAGGCUGGACAGCAGUCUACUGGAGGUCCUACAGAUGGACUUUCAGGUGGAGGAGCAGAGCAGCCAAUCAGACAGCCAGGUCAUCACAUGGCGCCUGGAGUUGCUCGCAGACACCAGGGAUGGGGGGAAGGAGGGUUCCAUGGAGAUCUACACCACCCAGAGAGACUUUGUGGGCCUGGCCACACUCGUCAUGGACACAGAGAUCCUGAACACGGCGGUGCUGACUGGGAAGAAGGUGGUGUUGCCUGUCAGGACUGUGGCUGUGGAGGAGGACGGGUCAGUCACUGACGUCUCAGACUUCACCAACUGCAGCUCCACUGAUGAGGACAUCCUGAAGGUGUCAGACAGGUGUGACUACGUGUUUGUGAAUGGGAAGGAGAUGAAGGGCAAGGUGAGGAUGAUGGUGAACUUCACCUACAGCUACCUGAGUGCCCAGCUGGAGAUGAAUGUGUGGAUCCCACAGCUGCCCCUCCAGAUUGAGGUGUCUGACACAGAGCUCAGCCAAAUCAAGGGAUGGAGGGUGCCCAUCAUGACCAGCAAGAGGCUCAGCUGGAACAGUGAUGAGGAGGAGGAUAAGAAGGGUAAAGGCUGCAUGUUGCAGUUCCAGCAUGCCCUUGUGCGUGUGAUCACACACUUCAUAGCCGAGCAGUCGGACCCCCGGGAGCCCCAGGUCUACUUUCUGGGCUCAGACUGGCAGGUGGACGUCACCAGGCUUGUGCGCCAUUUCCUCAAGGUGGAGGACCCUCGCAUCGCCAGACUGCAGGCAGGCAGGGUGCUGUCAGGACAAGACAUGGGGACCACCUCCAUCCAGGUGUUCUCCCCCCUCUCAGACUCCAUCUUGGCAGAGAAGACCGUGACGGUAGUGAAUGACAAAGUGACCAUCACAGAGCUGGGGGUGCAACUGGUCACCGGCCUGGCUCUGUCCCUGCAGCUCAGCCCAGGAAGCAACAGGGCCAUCCUCGCCACGGCAACCAUACAGGAAGUGUUGCAGAGCCCCAAACAGAAGGCUGUGGUUAGUUCCUGGGUCCAGUUCAGCGAUGGCUCCCUGACCCCUCUGGACAUUUAUGACCCGGCCUACUACCGCGUGACACUGACCUCUCUGGACCAGGGCGUGGUGUCGGUGCAGGGCUCCCCGCCUGCAGUGGUGGCAGAGGGCGAGGGACAGGGUGUGUUGGUCAGGGUGGAGAUGGCCAUCUGUGAGGCUUGCCAGAAGUCCAAACGGAAGAGCUCGCUGGCCGUGGGCAGCGGCAGCCUCAAGGUCAAGUUCCAGGUCAACAGCCGGCGCUUUUCCAGCAAUAGUAGCAGCAACAGUAGCAGCAGUAGUGGAGGUGGGGUUGGCAGUGGCAGUAGUAAGGACAGCAGCAGUGACUAUGGGAAUGAUGGGGAGGAGGUGGACACUGAGAGGAAGCAACAGCAGCCACAGCAGCCCCUGCCCAGCAGCUCAACCUCAGAGCGGGAGGAGAGCGCCAUGCGCAAGGUCACCACAACAACCAAAUCCAGUGAGCCAGACGUCGCUCCGGGGAGCAUGUCCAGCGGUGGCAGCAGCUACGGUGGAAUGGGGAGGGCGAGGGAAUCAGGAAGUUUCUUAAAUGCUGCAACCAUCAACAGUCCUGCCAGCCCCAUCAAUGACAGUGAUGUUAGCAGCCCUAGUGACUAUGGCACAGCUGAGGGGACAGACAAUGGGCUAAUUGGAGGUAUAGGUAGUGUUGCAGUCAGUAGCACUAUGAAGACACUUGGUAACCUGAUCAACUACAAUAACUUCCCCUCUCAGGUGGAGGUGCCUGACCAGGAGCGAGUCGAGGUGGACAUGGGCAAUGAGGACAUGCUGUCUAACCGGCCUCUCUCAGACUUGGAGAUCGGCAUGUACGCUCUGCUGGGGGUCUUCUGCCUGGCCAUCCUGGUCUUCUUGGUGAACUGCAUCUCUUACGUAGUAAAGUUCAGGCACAAACAUCCCUCCUCUCAUGGCCAGGAGCCCACAGGGCACAGGCACGACUGGGUGUGGCUGGGCACUGAUGCAGAGCUGGUGAUGAAUGUGCCUGGCACUCCCCUCCAGCAAGACGACCACAGCACCACAACAGUCAUAGACAUUGGGCCUGAUAAGACUGCCUCUCUGCCCAGGCAGCCCAGCUGCCUAGCCUCCUCUAGACCCUCCUCUCCUUUGGUCUGUGGGGGCUCCCUCGGGGCCAAGCCCAUGAACCGCACUGAGUCCCUCCACUCCCCCACAAGCAAGAGGAAGAGGGUCCAGUUCACCACCUUUGCCUCUCUGGACCGUGAGCACUCCCCACACCUCCCCAGAGAGAACGGUCAUGGCAUCCACUGGGUGGGGAAGGAGGAGAACUAUGUUGAACCCCAAGUGCCCAUCACAGAACCUGUGGACCAUUUAUAAUACAUAAAGGGACCGUUUCACCCCAACUGUGGGUGUGUAUGUGGCUUUGAUUUCCUCAAUGCCUUUAUUUAUGGAUAAAAGCAGACAUAACAUAAGGAGCAUCACCGCAAGUGGUUAUACUUAUUCAUUAUUUGUGGUUAGUUUUAAAUAUCUGUCAAGGCGUCUUACAUGUAAAUAUCUUAAAUGCUUUGUGAGAGACAUUUUUUGUAUUAGAUAUUAGAGAAAACACUGUGAAUACGUGUUGGAUGCUUCUCAUCAACCGACUAAUGGCACUUUGUGUGGUGGACAGGAUAAAACGUUUGACUCAGGCCAGUUGAAAUAUCAUUUUUUUAAACAAAAAAACAGAGGGUCUUGUUGCAUGUGAAAAAUGUCAUUAUCUUACCUUUUACACUCACAUGGUGGUACGCCCUAAAGCAGGGAUCUUCAACUAGAUUCAGCCACCGGCCAAUUCUUUUCUUGGUAGAAUGCAAAUUGACUUCAAGAAGCCGAAACAGAUAUAUUUGACUAUAGCAUAAUCAUUUCAAACCUUGCUUACAUUUGUACACAAUCACAUAAACUACAUGACCACUCGUCGAACAUCUCAUUCUAAAGUCAUGGGAAUUAAUAUGGAGUUGGUCCCCCUUUGCUGCUAUAACAACCUCCACU